GAGAAGGUAAGCCGAUUUAGAUGAAUCUUGCUUUCUCAUCUCAGUUCUUGAAUUUGAUUGAUUUCAUAUCCGAUCCAGAACUGGAGAACCAGAGAAAAAAGGAUUGGGAUUUGCUACGAUGAAGCUCGGUGCUCGGCUUAUUGCUCUUAUACUUCUUCUUUCUCUCGCGAUUGUGUUGACGGAAGCGGAGGUCAUUACGUUGACCCCUGAAACUUUCUCCGACAAGGUGAAGGAGAAGGAUACUGCGUGGUUUGUAAAGUUUUGUGUUCCUUGGUGCAAGCACUGCAAGAAACUGGGGAACUUGUGGGAAGAAUUGGGGAAUGCAAUGGAAGGUGACGAUGAAAUUGAGAUUGGUGAAGUAGAUUGUGGUAAGAGCAGAGAUGUCUGCACCAAAGUUGAGAUUCACUCCUAUCCAACGUUCAAGCUAUUUUACAAUGGAGAAGAAGUUUCAAAAUACCAAGGUAAAAGAGAUGUUGAAUCGCUGAGGACGUUUGUUGUAGAGGAAACUGAAAAGGCAGCAGAAAAAGCACAGCUCGAAGACAAGGAACUCUGAUUCUUCCCCUUUGCUUAUUCAGCUGUGACUUUCACCAUUAGUUAGAUAGGCAUGGUGGCGGAUUAGAUCUUGGACAAGUCUUUUUGAUUUAUAUGCUUUCCAAACACUGAUACUGUUUUUCAGUUUCAGUGCGAGACAAAGAUUACCGACACUCUUCUCUUGUAUUUUCGUUUACGAGCAAUUGCAUUGUGCUUUGAUAUUUUA